UCUCAAAAAAAAAAAAGGAAAAAAGAAGAGACCACGCAAAUCCUCUGGCUCUCGCAUUCGCCCCCGGCCGUCGUUCCCCAUUCCCUCGCCGCCGGCGCCACCGCGCCGCCGCGGCGCCAUGCUCCGGCUCCGUCGCAGCCUCCUCUCCCAGAUCCUCUCGUCUUCCCCCGCCUCUCCCAUCUCCCACCUCAGCCGCCUCAUCUCCGCCGCCGCGCCCGCCGUCUCCCCGAACCCUAGCUUCGCGGUGGAGGACUACCUCGUCUCCACCUGCGGCCUCACCCGACCCCAGGCCCUCAAGGCCUCGGCCAAGCUCUCCCACCUCAAGUCCCCUUCCAAGCCCGACGCCGUCCUCGCCUUCCUCGCCGGCCUCGGCCUCUCCGCCGCCGACGUCGCCGCCCUCGUAGUCAACGACCCGCUGUUCCUCUGCGCCAAAGUGGAGAAAACUCUGGCCCCCAUCGUCAUCGGGCUCACCGCUCUCGGUCUGUCGCAUUCUGAGAUCGCCCGCCUAGUCUCGCUCAGUCGCGCCCGCUUCCGCAGUAGAUCCAUCCUCUCCAAGCUGCACUACUACCUGCCUCUCUUCGACUCCUCCGAGGACCUCUUCCGGGUGCUCAAGCGCGGCGCUGGCAUUCUCUCGGCCGACCUCGAGCGGGUGGUCAAGCCCAAUGCCGCCUUCCUUCGGGAGUGCGGGCUAAGUGAUUGCGACAUUGUCAAGUUGUGCAUCGUUCAGCCAUGGCUGCUCCCCUCCAGCAUGGAGCGCAUCCGGGCAAUGGCGGCACACGCUGAAGGUAUUGGUGUGCCUCGUGGCUGUAAGAUGUUCAGACACGCGUUGCAUGCUGUUGCGCGCCUCAGCAAGGAGAAGAUCGCCAACCAAGUGGAGCACUUGAAGAAGACAUUUAUGUGGUCAGAUGCUGAGGUCGGCGUUGUUGUCUCCAAGCAUCCAUCUGUGCUGAUAAGGUCUAACCAGAUGCUGCAGAGCAAGUCAGAGUUCCUCAUCUCUGAGGUCGGGCUGGAACCGACAUACAUUGCUCAUCGUCCGGCAUUGCUCACGUACAGCCUGGAAGUCCGACUCAGACCCCGGCACUACGUCGUAAAGUUUCUCAAGGAAAGCGGAUUGCUGGAUCGCGGCCGGGACUAUUAUAGAGCAGUCAUGAUCAGUGAGAAAGAAUUUGUGGAGAAGUUCAUAUGCCCUCACAAGGAAGCUGCACCACACCUUGCUGAAGACUAUGCAGCAGCUUGCAGAGGGGAAGUGCCUUCCAGUUUCAGAUUUACAUAAACCAAGAGCGGGCUAUGAGAAUUGGUAACUGUGUAUGACGCAACAAAGUUUACGCUCUGUGCAGUGAGCUAGUAAUUUCUGUUUCGGUGUUAUUUGCCUAAUUGGAUGUUUGUUGUCUGCUCUAGUAUGUCUGGUACAUGUCAAUUUAGUGUCGCUAAUUCCAUAUGAAACUGAUAAUUUGAUUGUGACUU